AUGGAAGGGGAAAGGGAUUAGUAAGUUUUAAUUAGCGACUACUUUUUCAAAUUACUAAUUGUUGGUGACUAUGGCGUUGGGAAAUCAUGCUUAUCGACUCGUUUUUUAGAUCAAUCUUUCAAAGAGAUCUACCAGAGUACAAUUGGUAUCGAUGUCAAUAGCAGAACUCUAAACUUAGGAGGGACCUUAGUUAAAUUACAGAUUGUAAGUGUUAGGUAGUUUGACACACCAGGGCAAUCACGAUUUCGUAAUAUCGCAACUUCCUAUUUUAAUAAAGCUGAUGGAUUCAUGAUAGUUUUUGACAAAACAGACAGUAGUUCCUUUGAAAGCACAGAAAUGUGGAUGUAUGAAGUUGAUCGUCACGCAAAAAAAAGCACUAUCAAAAUGCUAGUAGGAAGCAAAUCAGAUCUUUACGAUCAUGAACAAGUUACUAAAGAAGAAGCUAAAGGGAAAGCCAUGAGCUAUGGAAUCCCAUACAUUGAAACAAGUGCAAAGAGCUCAUUAUAUGUCGAUGAAGCUUUCGAGACGAUCAUUAGAGAAUUAAUAAAGCAAAGAAAAGAGUUUGGAACCCCUCUCGUCUCUCAACCUGCUCCGAAGAUCAGUUUGACAACAGAAAAUAGAAAUCCAACAAGCCAGAAAUGCUUCUUAUAA